AUGGAACUGCUGCGGGCUGAGCAAAGUCAGCGGAAGCGGCCGAAACACUGGUGGGAAGAUUCCCGUGCGGGACCUCAGCUGCGGACUUUGAUUCAGGUGGUGGCAGCGUCUGGCCCGAGGCUGGGCAGGUCUGAGCACCUGCUGGCGAGCGUUUCUGAGGAAGAGACGGCAAGGCCGGAGAAUGAGGCUCGGCUCCCGAUCAUUCCCUAUGCAGCUCGUCGUGCGAAGUUCCUCGAUUGGCCUGACGAGCAAGACGACAUGAAGAGGCGUGCGCUUCACAUCGUGCGCGUUAUGCUUGAGUCGGACUUCGGUGCUUCCAACUUGGGCAGCUUGAUCUACGAACUUUCUGGUGUCUUGGAGAAGGAGCAUCAGAUACAGAGGUCGAUUGAGCUUACCUUUGCGAAGAAGGCUCCAGCUACUUUGCUUAAAAGGGCGUUGUCAAUGUGGAAGUUGUUCAAGUGGCAUGCCAGAUCGGGCUAUGUUCUGGGGCUGCGCAUUACAGAGCAGUCACUCUUUGAUUAUCUCGAAGAUGUCAAGAAGAAUGCGGCGCCAACUAGUCUUCAAGCUACACUUGAGGCCGUGGCAUUUUUCCACUCGCUGCUUGGUUUGGCAUUCCAGUUGGAUGCGGUCAUAUCUCAUCGCGUGCGGGGUUUGGCACAUACUGCGCUUCUACAAAAGCGGCCACUUAAACAAGCUCGGGCGCUGCUGGCACAGGAAGUGCUCUGGUUGGAAGAGGUGGUCUGUACGUCCUUGGACACCGCCGUUGUCUGUGUGGCUGGUUUCCUGCUUUAUGUCUUAUCCAACUGUGCGCGUUGGGGCGAUGCGCAGGCUUCGACACUUCCCGAGCUGGAUGGGACUGGCGAAAGAUGCAUCCUCACAUCGGACACAACGAGGCACAAACUUUCGACUACAGCCCAGCGGAAAACUACCUUGCUGCCGUUUGCGGCGUUUGGACGACUUCUUCAUACGGCUGCAUGGGCGGAAAAGUGGCUUUCUGCAAUGAAGCGGGCGCGUCUUCCUCGGCAGGGGGUGGAUUAUCUCCUCCCCAGCUGGAAUGAGUCGACAGGAACGUUUUUGAGGAGACGUAUGACUAGCGGCGAAGGCUCCCUUCAUCUUCGUGAAGUUCUGCGUCAGAAAGGGGGGCAGGUGCAGCUUCUCUUGCCGUCUUCGCACUCCCUCAAGGCUACUCAGCUGUCCUGGAUGGCGAAGGCAGGUACGUUCUCGCUCAGUGAACGCCAAAUACUCGGACAUCACCUUGACCGUCCCUCGGUGAGCGCACUAACCUACGGACGCCAAAACUUCAUUGGACCGCUUCAGAAGCUGCGCGAGCUGCUCUCGAACGUGGUGUCGGGCAAGUUUCGCCCCGACGAUUCGGCAUCUGCUCUUGUCAGUCGGCAGAUACAAGAUGAGGAGCUUGAGGCCGACGAGUGUGAAGUGGCACUGCAUGGGGUGGCGCAUCGUCCCGAUGAUUCGGCGUCGGAGGACUUGGCUGAUGAUGAACUACAAGGCUCGGUGGGGCAUGUUGUGCCCGAGGCGGAGCGAAGGCAUAUCCGAGCUCCGGAUCCCCUCAUCUAUCGCCAGCAUUCUUCUUCCGGGACGCUACAUGUGCUUGCGGCUGGAGGUCACAAGUUUUUGUGUGGACGUCCUGUGACGGCCAAUUACGUGGCGCCGGCGACACAGAGUGUUGCUGGUGCUCCAUUGUGCUUUCCGUGCCAGAAGGGACAGUCCUCGUCUUGA